AAAAUCCAAUGUGACUUGUUGAAAUGACUGUUAGGUUUAUACCUAAGUUUCAAACUCCCUCCUUUCUUUCCUUCUAAUAUCUUAAUAAUGUCACAAAACAACAUAGAAAAAGUGUCUUGACAUAUUUUAUAAAAUGGAAGAGAAAAGGAUAUUAGAUGGUUUUGUAUCUCCAUCUUCAUCUCCUCCAACACCUCCUUCUCCACUUCCCAUUAGUGUGGGACCCGGAAACCAAAAAUACUUCUUCUCACCCUCUCCAUCUUUAUCGCCACCUUUCUCACCACCGCCUUCUUCAAGUCAUGACUCCACCGAGCUUCUUCACCUUUUGCAGGAAGAGAAGAAGUUACCUAGUCUCAGAGCCCGUUCUGCAUUCUCGUUGGAUCUUGUAGAUCCCGACAUUUUGGAUUCUAAAAGCUCAUGCCUUAAAGACUUGUUAGAAUGGUUUAUAGAAAGAUGCUGCAACAUUUGCUGUAAUAAGUCUACUUGACAAUGAUUCAAGAAGAAGGCUACUAUGGAGAAAAAGCUAUUCUGCCAAUGGAUUCUAAAACCACCAAUCACUUCUAACUUUACUAACUCAGCAAAAAGAACAAGAGAUGAAUCUCAAGGCAUUUGAAAUUAGCAAUUCUUUUCUUCUUCUUCUUCUUCUUAAUUUUUGUAAUUUACACCAAGGAAUGAAUGAUGAUAUCUUCAUCUGAAAAUGCAAUGUCGAAAUUAUUCUUAAUA